AUGAAAGUCCUUUCGUUCAUCGUGGCUGCGGCCCUCCUGGGUCUCACCGGUGCUUCUUCGAACUCCAGCCUGGGGCUGUUGAAAGCGGACGGCGUGGCGCUGGGAGACUGGGAAUCCGCCUACCAGAAGGCUUCUUCUUUCGUUGCAGGCCUGACCACUGAUCAGAAGCUGGCUUUGAUCACGGGCAGCAGCAUCGACUCCACCAAUGGCAGCUUUACUGCACUCAACUUCCUUGACGGAGACAUGGGCAUUCAGGAUUACUACUAUGUCUCUGCAUUCAGCUUGUCUUCAGCUAUUGCUAUGACUUGGGACCGCGAAGCCAUUUAUGAUCAGGCCAAAGCAGUCGGUUCUGAGUUUUACAACAAGGGCAUUCAGGUUGUCGCCGGCCCUACGUCCCAACCCCUGGGACGCACGCCAUGGGGUGGCCGUAAUGUGGAGGGCUUUGGUCCUGAUCCUUACCUCAAUGGCUUGGCUACUGGUCUGACCACCAAGGGAUAUGUUGAUGCUGGCGUCAUUCCAGGUGGCAAACACUUUCUUCUGUACGAACAAGAAACCAAUCGGACAGGCGGCAUGGGUGGUGGGGGUGCAGGUGGGUUUCCAGGAGGUGGUGGUAUGCCUCCAGGAGGAAGCGGGCCCGGCUCUUCGAACUCUUCGUCGAUGGGUUCUCGACCCACAGGAUCAAUGAGCCGUCGUGCUGUCGGCUCUGGUUCGAGCUCCGACUCUGCACCGUACUCUUCCAAUGCCGACGAUAAGACGCUUCACGAAACCUAUCUUUGGCCCUUCUACGACGCAGUCAAAAAUGGUCUGGGCGCCGUGAUGUGUGCAAUGACCAAGGUCAACGGCACUCUAAGUUGCCAGAACUCUGACCUGUUGAUGAAGCAUCUGAAGACCGAGCUCGGCUUUCCAGGCUUAGUCUGGCCUGACAUGAAUGGCCAGAGUAGUGCUUUGGAGUCCGCGGUUGGCGGAGAGGACUACGGUUCCAGUAGUAUCUGGAGCACUUCCACCAUGGAAACCCUGCUGUCCAACGGUUCCCUGAGUGAGGCCCGCUUGGAUGAUAUGGCCAUUCGCAAUCUGAUGGGCUAUUACUAUGUUAACCUGGACAACGGUCUCCAACCCGACCAUCAAGACGAAGACGCAUACGUGGAUGUGAGAGGCAACCACUCCAAACUGAUUCGCAAGAACGGAGCCAAGUCAAUGGUCCUGUUGAAGAAUAAGGAUGCUCUACCUUUGAACAAGCCUCGCGUGAUGAGUGUCUUUGGUGCUCACGCUGGUCCUGUGAUGGGUGGCCCUAACAUGCAGAUGAAUGUCGAGGGCUCGGGACCGACGUACCAGGGUCACUUGGCCUCGGGGACCGGGUCUGGUCAGGCCUCGUAUCCUUACCUGGUGGCACCCUAUGUAUCCUUGACGAACAGGGCCAGUGAAGAUGGCACCAUGCUGCGGUGGAUUCUCAAUGAUACCUACAGCUCUAGUGGAUCCAGUUUGAUUACACAGGGAACUGAUAGCACUGCCGUGGCACCCUCCUAUAGCAACUAUGCCACCAACGCGGAUGCCUGUCUCGUCUUCCUGAAUGCUCUUUCUGGCGAGGGUGCGGAUCGCACCGAACUGUACAAUGACGAUCAGGAUACCAUGGUUAAUACCGUCGCUGAUAAUUGCAACAACACGAUUGUUGUAAUCAACUCCGUGGGCCCACGUUUGAUGGACCAGUGGAUCGAACACGACAACGUUACUGCUGUUCUUUACGGAUCUCUUCUGGGUCAGGAGUCCGGUAACUCCAUUACCGAUGUCCUCUAUGGAGUUGUGAACCCCUCUGGUCGCCUCACCUACACCAUCGCCAAGAAUGAGAGUGACUAUAACGUUGGCCUCUGCUACACUGCGCAGUGCAACUUCACUGAAGGUGUCUACCUCGACUACCGUUACUUCGACGCCUACAACGUCACCCCCAGAUACCCCUUCGGCCACGGUCUCUCCUACACGACCUUCUCCUACUCCGACCUCACGAUCAAGAAACCUUCCAACCUCUCCAGAUACCCCACUGGCGAGCUCACCGUCGGCGGCCACAGUGAUCUCUGGGAUAACGUGGCCAGCGUUUCCGUGGAGGUUGCCAACACCGGUUCUCUGGACGGCGCUGACGUCCCUCAGCUUUACCUCGGGUUCCCUAGUUCCGCGCAGCAGCCCGUCCGUCAACUCCGUGGUUUUGAGCGCGUCGAAAUCGCCGCCGGGGACAAGUCCAAGGUGACCUUCAAGCUGCGCCGCCGUGAUAUCUCCUACUGGGACGUGACGGCCCAGCAAUGGCUCGUUGCUUCUGGCAACUACAAGGUCUAUGUGGGCGCAAGCUCUCGUGAUCUGAAGUUGAACGGUACCUUUACCGUCCAGACAUCCUCUUAG